UAUCUCUAACAUGAGAUAUCAAUUAAGUGUGGAACAAGAUGACGAUUGACUGAGACUUGUCGGCCUGUCAAUUGAGGCAAACAGCCGUCAUCCGCACAUUCGUCACUCCGUCAUGCCGAGUCGUUGAGCUAUGAGUGGAGCGGGGUAUGUCUUGGAGUAUUGCGGUGUGGUCUGCAGCCUGCAGCCGAAGAGCAUGUCAUUGAGCUCAGGUUUCCGAGUCUUCGAUCUCAAAUUUCGACCUUGCGUAGAAAAGUUACAUCUACUUCCCAGGCCUUCAUGAUCUAUUAACUGGUGAAGGAUAGAGGGGAUAACAACGUAAAAGUACAAGCUCUUUUCUGCUGUGCUUAAUCAAGUUAUCCAUAUAGCCACAAGUAUUUCUUGCACGUGUACCUGUGCUUUCAUGGAUCGCAGGAUGACGUGAGAUGGUAAGGCUUUUUGAGACACUGAUCAACUUUCUGAUGGAGACAUCCCUGCUACUUUUGUCUUCUCUAUACCCGAGUACAGCACAAAGCGAGCGACCAGUCGCACCCUCCUGCAUGAGCUCAUCCAUGGCGUACUCACUCAUUUACUCCCACCAUCGAUGUACGUACGUACAGAAAACCAUCUCAUCGUUCAAACGUUGGACGAUAACGUUGUGCGGUGCUAUAUCUGUUAUCACUGGUUCUGGCACGGCAGUGAGGCACCCCACAAUGACCCAUACGUACCUUCCUGAUCUGUGCGGUUCUCACGCUCUCGCGUCAAUCCACGCCAUUCUUUUUGAGUCCUGAAUCUGGUACGUAUCCUGGACCCCGCCACGGCCGCCGCGCCAUCUUGUGUAUUUUAGUGCAAGAUUCCACCGGCUCAUCAGCCACGUCGUCAGCCUUGUCACGCCCUUUGUUGUGCCCAAGCCGGGCUGGGUUUGCCUUGCAAUUUCUCCUAGUCACGAACAUGAUGAUCGAACGUUGUUCUUGUCGGCGUCAUCUCGCCCGCAAACUUCCGCAGCCCGCAAACAGCAGAACAUCAUUGAGAGUCUUGAGACUGUGAUGGAUGGUGGAAAGACUUUUUUAAAAAAAGAUAUCCUUGCGAAUAUAGCCCGAUUGCAUAAUGAGGCUGAAACAGAGUUCAAGCUCGUGGUUCUGGGCGGUUUUGGGUUUCAAUAAAGCUGGUUGCGCUAUUGCGCUGUAGAUUGGAAGAAUGGGGGAAUAUGACUUGAAGUGUCGACGAGUAAGGGCUCGGAGAUUAAAGAUUCAAUUGUUAUCAAGUGUCACCCAGGAAGCCCGAGAAACUUCCCAGCCACAUUUCCACGUCUCUUCAUUCGUGACCCUUUCGCACUUUCUGUACAUAGGUGUAACCCUUUCGGGCUUCGGGACCCGAUUUUCUUCUUUUCUUUUCCCUUAUAUUUAUCCUCCUUGGCCUCCUUUUGUAAACUAACACCUAGUCUAAUUGAUCUAAUCGAAGGUAGCACACUGAAAACGCUGCUGGUUUUUCUUACCUCUCUAUCUCUCGAUUCUCUCAUGCAUCCCAGGAGACACUGGCAAUACAUGAAUCACCACG